CAUCCUCUGCUUCUUCCUCUGCCUUCGUCUCCUCCAGCCUACAGCCACCAUGACCUGUGGAUCAGCUCGCUUUAGCUCCUGCAGUGGAGUCCGCACGUCCAGCUCCUGUGUGGCCACUCAAGGAUACAGCUCUGGCCGCACCUUCAGCUGCUCCUCGGCCUGUGGGCCCCAGCCUGGCCGCUGCUGCAUCACCGCCGCCCCCUACCGCGGCAUCUCCUGCUACCGCGGCCUUGCCAGCGGCUUUGGCAGCCGCAGCGUCUGUGGGGGCGUCCGGGCUGGCUCCAGCGGCCGCAGCUUCGGAUACCGCUCUGGUGGCCUGUGUGGACUUAGCGCACCCAGCAUCACCACUGUGUCGGUCAAUGAGAGCCUCCUGGUGCCCCUCAACCUGGAGAUGGACCCCAACGCGCAGGGUGUGAAGCAAAAGGAGAAGGAGCAGAUCAAGAUCCUCAACAACAAGUUUGCUGCCUUCAUCGACAAGGUGCGCUUCCUGGAGCAGCAGAACAAGCUGCUGCAGACCAAGUGGCAGUUCUACCAGAACCGCAAGUGCUGCGACAGCAACCUGGAGCCGCUGUUCAGUGGCUACAUCGAGACGCUGCGGCGGGAGGCCGAGCGCGUGGAGGCCGACAGCGGGAGGUUGGCCUCGGAGCUCAACCACGUGCAGGAGGUGCUGGAGGGCUACAAGAAGAAGUAUGAAGAGGAGGUCACCCUGAGGACCACGGCAGAGAAUGAGUUUGUCAGAAUCAAGCAGGAGGUGAACGGUGUCUACGUGCGCAAGGGAGACCUAGAGGCCAAUGCCCACAGCCUGGUGGAGGAGAUCAGCUUCCUGAAGUCCCUGUAUGAGGAGGAGAUCCGCGUCCUCCAAGCCCACAUCUCAGACACCUCGGUCAUCGUCAAGAUGGACAACAGCCGGGAACUGAACAUGGACAGCAUCCUGGCUGAGAUCAAGGCUCACUAUGAUGACAUUGCCAGCCGUAGCCGGGCUGAGGCUGAGUCCUGGUACCGCGGCAAGUACGAGGAGAUAAAGGCCACGGUGGUCCGGCACGGGGAGACCCUGCGCCGCACCAAGGAGGAGAUCAACGAGCUGAACCGCAUGAUCCAGAGGCUGACCACCGAGAUCAAUAAUGCCAAGAGCCAGAACUCCAAGCUGGAGGCGGCUGUGAGCCAGGCUGAGCAGCAGGGCGAGGUGGCCCUCACUGACGCCCGCCGCAAGCUGGCUGGGCUGGAGGAAGCCCUGCAGAAGGCCAAGCAGGACAUGGCCCGCCUGCUCAGGGAGUACCAGGAGGUGUUGAGCUCUAAGCUGGGCCUGGACAUCGAGAUCGCCACCUAUAGGCGCCUGCUGGAGGGCGAGGAGCAGAGGCUGUGUGAUGGCAUCAGCUCUGUGAAUAUCUGUGUGAGCAACUCCCAGGGCGGAGUCGUAUGUGGGGACCUCUCAACCACCCGUACCUGCACCAUCAAGUCCCGCGGAGUGGGAAUCUGUGGCAGCAGCUAUAAGAAGUGUUAAGUUGGCAGGGCUUGGAGGAGCACCCGAGCCCCCAGCCCUCUCACCUUCCCG